AUGAAUGUGUAUGACUCGCUGGGUGGAGAAGACCAGGGUUUCUACGACCUUUUCAGAUACAUCCGCAUAUCAGACCAAGUGCAAGGCGACAUCAAGUCAAAGAGGAUAUGGAUCUCUCGGAAGGAAUGUCCCCACCAUCACCACGAAGAUCACUGCGCAGGAUUGGGCCUCAAGGAGCUCAAAUGGCUCCAGGACGUGACCAAGUUCCCAACCCCCGAGUACUGGCAGGGGAUAUUCGCGAAAAUAAGGACCUUCGAGAAGGAGAUGAACAUGACGAUCGACGACAUACGGGAAACGGACCUCGAACCGUCUUUAGACGCACUGCUCAACGACGCGUUCAAAUUAGCAGACACAAUUAUCGAGAGGUCGUGCGACGAGGACUCGGACAACUACCAGUGCGGGCAACGCCAAUACGAUUCAGACAAAGACAGCAGCAAUACAAUGCCUCUUUUGACCAUGGAAGACAUUCGCAGUAUGUCGGAUAUGGAUACUGGCGACCAGUCUCCCGAGCCCUCCGACCCAGCACACUCCCCAACCAGACCCGGAUGCGGAUUUCCUCAUGGGAACAAUUUCUGUGACUCGCAUCGGAGACAAUACGAGUACGAGAAGGCCAAGCAGGAACGAGCCAGGGCCAAGCUUACUGCCCGCAAUCGAUACCUCAGACGGACUCUGCGUAGCGAGUAAAAUCUCUAACAUCUCU